AUGAGCGCUGAGAACAUGGAGAUGAGGUGGUUCCGAUCCAAGUACUCGCCAGUUGUGCACCUGUACCGUGAUGGGCAGGAUCAGUACGGUGAGCAGAUGCCGGAAUAUCGAGAAAGAACUGAGCUCUUGAAAGAUGACAUCACCACUGGGAGAAUUUCCCUGAGAAUACGUGAUAUUCAACUCUCAGAUGAUGGGCAGUACAAGUGUUUUUUUAAAUCCAAUGUGUCUUAUGAAGAAGCUUUAUUGGAACUGCAGGUGGCAGGUUUGGGCUCUGCUCCUGUCAUCUCUGUGGAGGGACAUCAGGACAGAGGGAUCCGGCUUGUGUGUCGAUCAGCCGGAUGGUACCCAGAGCCCAAGGCUCAGUGGAGAGAUCUCCAGGGGCAGCUCCUACCAUCAGCCUCUGAAGAAAUAACCCCAGAGGCCAAUGGCCUGUUUCAAACAGAGAUUGCCAUUGUUCUAACAGAAGAGUCCAACCAGAAAGUGUCCUGCUCUGUCGGGAACCCUCGACUCAACCAGGAGAGAGAGUCAGUGAUUUCCAUUGCAGAGCUGUUUUUCCCACGAGUCAAUCCUUGGAUGGUGGCUCUGGGGGUGAUCCUGGCUGUUCUUCUUCCCCUGGCCGGUUACUGCUUUUGGAGGCAACACAGAGUGAAAGAUACCCUACGACCUGAUAUGGAGAGCAGGAAAGAGGCUCUGCGAUCUGAGAUGGAGAGAGAGAAAGAGGCUCUGCGAUCUGAGAUGAAGAGGCAGAAAGCGGAAUACGAGGCAGUGAAAGAACUGGGACUCAUCAGAGCCCGAAGCUACGCAGUGGACGUGACUCUGGAUCCAGACACGGCAAAUCCCUGGCUCGUCCUGUCUGAGGAUUGGAAACGUGUGAGGCGCGGAGACAAAUGCCAGGAUCUGCCCAACAACCCUGAGAGAUUUGAUCAUUGUUUCUGUGUCCUCGGAACUGAGCAGUUCACGGGUGGGAGGCAUUACUGGGAGGUGGAGGUGGGACACAAGUUAGGCUGGGACCUGGGGGUUUGUAGGGAAUCUGUGAGCAGGAAGGGGAAGGUCACGUACACACCUAGGAAUGGAUACUGGGUUGUAUGGCUGAGGGGUGGGGGAUACAGGGCCAGUACCUACCCCAAGACCCUCCUCCGUGUGAGCAUUAGGCCCAGCCGGGUGGGGAUUUUCCUGGACUAUGAGGCGGGCGAGGUCUCGUUUUACAAUGUGACUGACGGGUCCCAUCUCUUCACUUUCACUGACACCUUCUCCGGGACACUCCGCCCUUAUUUCCAUCCCUGUCGCUGGAGUAAAAACGCGGCUCCCCUGAUAAUCUGCCCGGUCUCAGCUCAGGCCGGAGGGAAUCUCUGUCCCUGACAGUGACCCCGCGGCACAGACUGGCCUCUCCCAGCUCUUCUGCUCUUCCCACCGCCAGUGCGGGAGGCCAAUUGCUGCAGUAACUGGACUUUUUGUGCUGACCGGACGCUGCCAGUUUCCCUUUUCAGCUGGAGGUUCCAGUCG